AUGCAGGCCGCGCGGCGCGCUGCGCCCGCGGCGCGCCGCUUCAUCGCCACGGGCGACGCCGCGGCCGCCUCGGGCCUGAGCCUGCAGAGGGCGCGGCCCUGGCUCAAUGGCGACGGCCCGGCGGGCAGCGACUCGUCGAACCAGGCGAGCGACCACGCCGUGGCCCUCGGCGACCUCUUCGCCGGCAAGCGCGUCGCGGUCUUCGGCGUGCCCGCGCCGUUCACGGGAACCUGCACGGAGCAGCACGUGCCCGGCUACGCGGCGCUCGCGGGCGACUUCGAGGCCAAGGGCGUCGACGUCGUCUGCUUCAGCGUCGCCUGCCCCUACGCCAUGCGCGGCUGGCAGCAGGCCAUGGGCGUCGACGAGACCGCCAUGACGUUCCUCGCCGACGACCUCGGCGCGGUCACGGCGGCCUGGGGCGUCGCCAAGGACUACAGCGGCACGAGCCUCGGCCCGCGGUCCGAGCGCUUCUCCAUGCUCGUCGACGACGGCACGGUCAAAGCGUUCACCAUCGUCGACGACGCCGCGGCCGACGCCGCCUGGCUCCUCUCGAAAUGCUAG